AUGGCGAGCACGACAGCUACUGCGAUUCAAAGCAGCCAUCCUCCGAUUCAACCCAAGGAUUUCUCCGCUCAGCAACCCGCAACGAUUCGGCUCUACCCCCUGUCAAACUACACGUUCGGAACCAAGGAAACACAGCCUGAAGAGGAUCCAUCAGUGCUGGCUCGCUUGAAGCGUCUAGAGGAACAUUAUGACGUACAUGGGAUGCGCCGGACCUGUGAGGGCAUCCUCGUCUGCCAUGAACACAACCAUCCUCAUGUGUUGAUGCUGCAGAUCGCCAAUGCUUUCUUUAAGCUACCAGGUGAUUAUCUGCCACACGAGGACGAGGAGAUCAAUGGGUUCAAAAAGCGGUUGAAUGAGCGCCUAGCUCCUGUGGGGUCACAGUUCUCCGGGGAAGGAGUUAACGAAGACUGGGAGAUUGGUGAUACGCUAGCUCAAUGGUGGCGGCCAAACUUUGAGACUUUCAUGUACCCGUUCCUGCCUGGCCAUGUCACACGACCGAAGGAGUGCAAGAAGUUGUAUUUCAUUCAGCUCCCCAAGAAAAAGGUUCUGUCUGUCCCGAAGAACAUGAAGCUGCUGGCGGUGCCUCUGUUCGAACUGUACGACAAUACCGCUCGAUAUGGCCCUCAGCUAUCGGCUAUCCCGCAUUUACUCUCGCGCUACAACUUUGAGUUUGUGGAUGAAAACGAUAAUGUCGUGGCUGUAACCCCAGGUACUCCUCUCCCCGAGAAUCAGGUCCCUCGCACUAUCGUGCUUGCCGGGGGCGAUGAUGGUCAAGAUACUGGCAUGACGGAUAUUGGGGCAGAUUCGGAGAAGGGCCCGAACGCCCAGUAG